CAAUAGUUUCAGUCUUCCAGACACGACACGUUCAUGCAUCAUGUUGAUCCAUUCGUUACUCGCGUCCAUCGUUUUUCUUUCCGGAUCUUUGACAGUUUUCUGUCGCGAUCCAAAGCCAGACGCGUUUCAGAACACUUUGGGUCACAUUAAGCCUCGGACUUCACCGGAAGUGCAGGCUGAGGCUGCCAGAGGUGUCGCUGAAAGAUUAUUGGGACGCGAACGUGCUGCAAAAUUCCUAAUGGUGGUGAAUCCUGAUCUUGGUCCUACUGGACUAGAUACCUUCUUGAUCAAGAAAAACUCCUUGGAUCAAGUGGAGAUCUUUGGCAGUUCCGGCGUGGCUGUAGCUUGGGGCUUGCAUUACUACCUGAAGACUUAUUGCAACGUUCACAUUUCAUGGGAGGGGAAUCAGAUUGAACUUCCUCAGACUUUACCAGAUGUUCGAGUAAAAGUCACGUCCAAUGAUAGGUUUAGGUACUAUCAGAACGUAUGCACUCUGGGUUACACUUUCGCAUGGUGGCAAUGGGAUCAGUGGGAAAGAAACAUCGACUGGAUGGCCCUUAAUGGAAUCAAUUUGGCUCUUGCUUUUAACGGGCAAGAGGCAAUCUGGCAGAGAGUAUACCUCCAAUUGAAUUUCACUUCAGACGAGAUUAAUGAGCACUUUGCCGGGCCAGCAUUUUUGCCUUGGUCGAGAAUGGGUAACAUUCGAGGUUUUGGUGGUCCUCUAACCUCAAGCUGGCACGAAAGAUCGCUCCAACUGCAGCACAAAAUCCUUCAAAGGAUGAGGGAAUUAGGAAUAAUCCCUGUUCUUCCUGCUUUUACUGGGCACGUACCUAGAGCUUUCCCCAGACUAUUUCCAGAAGCCAACGUGACGAAAAGUGCGACAUGGAAUUCGUUUUCGGACAAAUAUUGUUGCCCUUAUCUUUUGGAACCUACAGAUCCCCUGUUUCAUAAAAUUGGAGAUCAAUUUUUGAGAACGUAUAUCAAGGAAUUUGGAACCGAUCACAUAUAUAAUUGCGAUACUUUCAAUGAAAACGAACCCCCCACCAGCGAAUUGAAAUUUUUGAGGAACGUAGGACAUUCGAUUUUUCAAACUAUGCUGAGUGUCGAUCCACAAGCAAUAUGGUUAAUGCAAGGAUGGCUCUUUGUUCAUGAUGCUUUGUUCUGGACAGAGCCGAGAAUAAAGACUUUCUUAACCUCAGUCCCACUGGGAAGACUGAUAGUAUUGGACCUUCAAUCAGAACAAUUCCCGCUAUACGGUAAACUAAAGUCCUAUUAUGGCCAGCCAUUUAUUUGGUGCAUGUUGCACAAUUUUGGUGGGACUCUUGGAAUGUUUGGUUCUGCUCAAAUUAUUAAUCGCCGAGUUUUCGAAGGAAGAAACAUGGAAGGAAGUACAAUGAUCGGGACAGGUCUGACACCAGAGGGCAUAAAUCAAAAUUAUGUUAUUUACGAGUUGAUGAACGAGAUGGCUUAUCGUCAAGAACCUGUCAACUUGGAUAAUUGGUUCGAAGAUUAUGCUAGUCGAAGAUAUGGAGCAUGGAAUGAGUACGCGGUUGCAGCAUGGAAGAAUUUGGGUAGUACUGUAUACAAUUUCCGAGGUAUUUCGAAAAUUAGAGGGAAAUACGUGAUUACCAGGCGACCGAGUUUGAAUCUCGCUCGACUGACUUGGUAUGAUCCGGAGAAGUUCUAUUCUACUUGGUACAUAUUCCUCCAAGCGAGGCAUGGAAGACAAAACAGCACCCUCUACCGACACGACCUGGUUGAUAUAACUAGACAAGCUCUUCAACUAAAAGCGGAUAAAAUUUACUCUGCUUUAGUCGAAUCGUUUAAUCAAAAGGAUGUGACAACAUUCAAAUUGCAAGCUGAUCGUCUAUUGGAACUGUUCGAUGACCUCGAAGCCAUCUUAGCAUCCAGUGAAGACUUUUUAUUGGGAACAUGGCUAGAAAUGGCGAAAAAUCUGGCUACUGACGAUGCCGAGUCGAAAUUGUAUGAGUACAAUGCGAGGAAUCAGAUUACUCUGUGGGGACCACGAGGAGAGAUUAGAGAUUACGCGAACAAACAGUGGUCAGGAAUUGUCUCGGAUUACUUUAAACCUCGCUGGGCUAUUUUCCUGGAUGCGCUUACUACUAGUCUAACAAAAGGAACGAGCUUGAAUAUCACGAGGAUCAACGAACGGAUUUUCAAAGAAGUUGAAAAACCGUUUACGCUCUCCAGAAAAAUUUAUCCAACAAAUGCGACAGGAGAUUGCAUCGACAUAGCAAUGCGAAUUUUAUCUAAAUGGCAUCAACCGUCCAUUUAUGAUUUAUUCAGAUCCAUGAAAUAUUUAAAUAUUAUGAAAGACAAAGGAAGAAUGUAAUAUUUCAAUUAUUAUCGUUCAAAGUGAUUAGGCUUGUUACUGGUCACAUUCAUCGUAAAAGUUGUUAAAAGUUGUUAGUAAAAAAUAAUAUUGUUGUAAAUGAUAAAAUGGAAAGAAAACAUACAAACUUAAUACCAUAUGCCACUAAUAGUUAAAGAAAUGUAUUUAUAUAUGUAUGCAGGAUGUUUCAAAAAUUGUACAUAAAAUAUUCAUUGUGAAUAUCAA